UAUGUUUUGAUUCUUCCACUAGCAUGCAAGUUGCAACUGUACCAAUAAAGGCCUAUUCGAAUUUUUGAAAAAAUUUAACGUCGCCCAAAAAAUAAGAAAUUUUGAAUAAAACGAAGGUAAAAAGGGACAGAUAAUCCUAACCGGCUUAUGUAGCUUGGAGAAUAAAUAAAAAUGAAAAUUACGCCAAUAAGUGAAGAGAUAAAACAUUUCUGCGAUUGUUUUUGUAUCAAUAAUACUGUCUAUCGUCAGUUUUACUGGAUUUUCUCAAGAUGAUAGUCACAAAUUCUCCACAAUUUCUGCGAUGUGCCAAAAUUUCUUCUACCAUCCUGCGAUUGAGCUCUUCCUGGUGGUCAGAUGUGAAAUUAGCUCCUCCUGAUCCAAUUUUUGGGAAAAUUGAUGCCUUUGCUCGCGACAGAAAUCCUCGAAAAGUGAAUUUAGGCAUUGGGAUUUACCGAGAUGAUGAUGGACAGCCCUACAUUUUGCCAAGUAUUGCGAAAGCAGAGCAACGAGUGGUUGAAAAGAAACUCGACAAGGAGUACCUUCCUCACACGGGUUGUCCUAAUUUUACUAAAUUAGCCACUGAAUUAGCUUUUGGUGAAGAUAAUCCUAUCUUGAAGAAUGGAAGAUAUGCUACUUUUCAGAGUAUUAGUGGUACUGGAGCUCUACGCCUUACAGGAAUGUUUCUAAAGAAUUUUUUUCCUGGUCAUAAGGAAAUCUAUCUACCGGAUCCUUCAUGGGGAAAUCAUGAGAAUAUCUUCAGAAAUUCAGGAUUGAAAAUUAAUUCUUACAAAUAUUUCGCACCAGGAUGUUUCACUUUCAAUGAGGAGGUUGUUUAUGAUUCUAUCAAUAAAAUCCCAGAGAAAUCUCUCCUUCUGUUUCAUGCCUGUGGCCACAAUCCCACAGGAAUUGAUCCUUCACCCGAACAAUGGAAAGAACUCUCUAAACUGGUAAAGAGAAGGAAACUUCUCCCUGUAUUUGAUCUUGUGUACAUGGGCUUUGCGAGUGGAGACAUAGACCGAGAUGCUUUUGGAAUAAGACAAUUCGCAACGGAUGAGCAUGAAUUUAUCGUGACACAGAGUUUUGCAAAAAAUAUGGGUCUUUACGGCGAGAGAGUAGGAGCUGUAACAUUUAUCACCAAGACUCCGGAUCAUACAUCACAAAUUUUAUCUCAAGUCGAGGGAUUCGUUAAGGGACUAUACUGGAGUCCACCAAAUCAUGGCAUUAGGAUUGCCACGGAAAUCCUGAGUGAUAGAGAAUUAUGUGCUGAAUGGAGAGCAGAUGUAAAGAAAAUGACGGAGAGAUUAACAACUGCUCGACAUUCUCUGAGGCAACAACUGGAGAAAUGGGGUUCAUCUCGCGAUUGGAAGCAUAUUACAGAUCAUGUUGGAUGGUUCACAUACUCCGGAUUGAAUUCCUUAGAGUGUGAAUGUCUUACAAAUAAAUACAGCGUGCACAUCACAAAAGACGGAAGAAUGGCUCUCACUGGUGUUAAUCCUGGAAAUGUGGAGUACUUAGCAUUUGCUAUUCGAGAAGUUACGAAUUAAAUAACAAAUAAGUCUCAAAAUAGUUUUGUCCAUGAAUUAAUACGUUUCUAAAGGAUUUUCAGAGAUUUUCUGUAAAGUUCGGGGAUUUCAGAAGCAUCAUAGACAAAAUAACUGAUUUUGUGACACAGUUCCAGUCCAUAAGUAAAAUAAUAAUCCGU